CUUGUCUUCCGCUCCCGGAUGUACGUCGUAGAGAAAGACAACUUUGCUCACGUGCAAGAAACAAACAUUGUUGUGAUGCGACGCAACUAUCUUCUUGUCUUUUGUGUGCGCGUUUCCCGAGAGGCGUCGGCAAAUUUACCACUCCUCGCUGAGUAGAGUCCGCUGUUCCUUUUCAAAGCCCAAAAGUAACAUUACCUCAAAAGACAUGGCAGAAGGGGGCUUUGACCCUUGUGAAUGCAUCUGCAGCCAUGAGCACGCGAUGAGGCGUCUCAUUAACCUGCUCAGACACACUCAGUCCUACUGCACAGACACAGAGUGUCCUAUGGAAUUACCUGGGCCUGGUGAAGGGUCCACUGGUGGAGGAGAGCUGACCUUCCCCAUUAUUCUGAUGGGAUGGAUGGUACUUGCUGUCAUCCUGUUUCUGCUUCGCCCUUCUACUCUGAGAGGUCACUCUUCAACUGAGAAAAACACUGAACCCCACAAUAGAGAUAGGAGAGAACCACCAGCGCCACCUGUUGACUAGGAGAGGAAGCCAUCUACUAGCGCUCCAUAGGAGCUGGACGCUGUGCCAAGUGUUUACUGCGCCACAGAUAAUACCCCAUUGCCAGGCUUCAUUUAAAGACCAACCCCUCUUCUGUAUUUUUUUUUACUGUAUUGUAAAUCUAUAAUAAUUACUUUAUAUCCUCCCUCACUUGAAUGUGAAUGAAGCUUAUAUUUGAACUAAACAGUUACAUGUGUAAUGAUCAGUUUAUAUAGUUUAACUGAAAUGAAGCCAAUAUUGUAUGUUAGUAAUUGAGGGCAAGGUCUAAAGAAUGAAUCUACUGUACAGAUACUAGUUUUGGAUGUUCAGGAUUGUUGCACAUUGACAGCAUUCAUCUUGUUCCACAGGGCCUAAAAUGGCUUUGAGGGGUGCUUUUUGCACAAUGUAGUUCAAUGUAAAAUACCAUAGCUAUACUUUGAAUAAUCUUGUAUUUUCAUUGUAAAUGUCUAUAGAAAUGUACCCUCUAUUUGGACAUAAAAGCCUUACAUGUCAA